AUGGAUAACUACACACCAUUGUCUCUUACUAAUCUUUUUAAAUUAGUCCUUUUUCAAACGCUUUAUGCAAAAAGUGAUUCAAAUCCGAGUUCUAAGCAAUGCUCUCCAAGAAAAGAGGUGCCUUGUGCAGCUAAACAUGGUGCUGGCGACGCCCCUCCCCUGCCGAAAUGUACUUGCAACACACCGAAGACUCCAACUUGUACCGUUGGUGAUCGUGGUAAAACUGGGGCUGGUGUUGCCGGUUCGCGUACAGGAGAUAGAGAAGGCAAUGUUGAUAAAAGAUCCGACGAUCUACCGACUGGUGCUGUGAACCCUGGUCUGCUUCGACAUAUACACAAUGCUGCUCGAUAUAGACUACCGCAAUGCUUUGAGGGCGCUUGUGUUUCUCUAAAACAAAGUUCAAGUAAUAACUGGGUUUUCGGUCAUUCAUUAUCAUUCAGUUCAGUUUCCCCUGGUGGUUACAAAGUGCUGUUAUCAUAUGCGGACAAAGAGAAACCAACUGCGUUACCCUAUUUUGUUAUGGAAGCAGCUCCCGGUGGACAAAUGAGUUGCGAGUUCCGUGUAGGUCCAACACAAGCUACGCGGGCAACGCUUGUAGCACAGAUCGCCAAUAGCGAGAUAAAUAGCUUCGAAUCUAUAAUCGAUGCAUAUUUUAACAAAUUUACAACCUCCGUAAUCGCUGUGAAUCGAGAAUUUAUAGCUUUGCAUUAUUUACAGGCGUUGACGGAUCGCAUAUCGGUCGGAGCGGAGGUUGUGGCACGCGGUCGUGUGGCUGAAGUAAGUGCAGCUUCAGCUGCAGCCCGGUGGGCUGGAGAGCAACACUCAUUAAGUGGAACUCUUGGCAACCGUGGCCUGGAUCUCUGCUACGCGCGGGCUCUGCGGCCCUAUCUUACGGCCGCUGCUAUGCUCGAGGUCGGUUUCGCGAUUCGCAAAGCAGUUGCAACUUUAGCGUACGAAUGGCGUGCUGACGAUUGGACUGUACGUGGUUCCGUGGACUCUGACGGUCUAGUUGGAGCCACUCUCCAGAAAGCUCUAGGAGGAAAGAGAGCUAGAAUAGCUUGUGCGAUUUCUGCACUUCUCAACCAUCCUAACGACAAAUUUAGACUUGGUUUCGGUGUUACGGCAGCUAUUAUAUAA